AUGAAGGAGAAGUCUAAAAAUGCGGCCCGGACGCGACGGGAAAAGGAAAACAGUGAGUUUUAUGAACUGGCCAAGCUGCUGCCGCUGCCCUCCGCCAUCACCUCCCAGCUGGACAAAGCCUCCAUCAUCCGGCUGACAACAAGCUACCUGAAGAUGAGAGUGGUGUUCCCUGAAGGCCUGGGGAGGUCCUGGGGUCAUGUUAGCCGCAGCAGCUCUCUGGAUGGACUCGGCCAGGAAUUAGGCUCCCAUCUCUUACAGACGUUAGAUGGCUUCAUUUUUGUGGUCGCUCCAGAUGGGAAAAUCAUGUACAUAUCAGAAACAGCAUCAGUCCACUUGGGCCUGUCGCAGGUAGAGUUGACAGGAAAUAGCAUCUAUGAAUACAUCCACCCAGCAGACCAUGAUGAAAUGACAGCUGUCCUCACAGCACACCAGCCUUACCACUCCCACUUUGUUCAAGAGUAUGAGAUGGAGCGUUCCUUCUUUCUGAGAAUGAAGUGUGUCCUUGCUAAAAGAAAUGCCGGUCUUACCUGUGGAGGUUACAAGGUGAUCCAUUGUAGUGGCUACCUGAAGAUCCGGCAGUACAGCCUGGACAUGUCUCCAUUUGACGGCUGUUAUCAGAACGUCGGGCUGGUGGCUGUCGGGCACUCGCUGCCGCCGAGCGCCGUCACUGAGAUCAAACUGCACAGCAACAUGUUCAUGUUCAGAGCCAGUCUGGACAUGAAACUCAUCUUCCUCGACUCACGGGUUGCAGAGCUGACAGGCUAUGAGCCUCAGGAUCUAAUUGAGAAGACUCUCUAUCAUCAUGUCCACAGCUGUGACUCCUUCCACCUCCGCUGUGCUCAUCAUUUGUUGCUGGUCAAAGGUCAGGUCACUACAAAGUACUACCGUUUCUUGGCCAAACACGGCGGCUGGGUCUGGGUUCAGAGUUAUGCAACCAUUGUCCACAACAGCCGCUCAUCCCGACCUCACUGCAUCGUCAGUGUCAACUAUGUUCUCACGGAGACAGAAUAUAAAGGUCUCCAGCUUUCUCUGGACCAGGCCACGUCCAAGGCCUCUUUCCCUUACAGCAGCAGCAGCACAAGCAGCCUCACGGACAACUGCAGAACACCCAAGAGCAGAGUAUCACGGCCCAAGACCAAAGCCAGGCUCUCGCCAUACAUCCAGUAUUCUAGCUUCCAGACAGAGCAAUCAGAAUCUGGACAGGAUAGUCCAUGGGGCAGCAGCCCCCUCACAGACUCAGCCUCCCCUCAGCUGCUGGAGCAGACUGAAGGAGUGGAUGCCUCCUGUGUGUACAGGCAGUUCUCAGAUCCUCGCACACUUUGCUACAGCCUCACACCAGAGGACCAGCAUCACAUCACCAGCAACAGCCACACACACUUUCGUGUACAUGGUCAAGGUCAGGGUUGCGAGCGGGGUCGAUGUGAGGCGGGUCGAUAUUUUUUAGGAGCUCCUCCACCAGGCAGGGAGAAAUGGUGGGACACUGCCCGCUCCAUUAUACCUCUGAGCAAGAGCUCCUUGGAGACCUAUGAAGGAUAUGACAGCAGCAUGCCACACAUCACAGCCGUACACACCUACCACGGUAGGAGCCACUGGGAGGAGGAUAGCGUGGUCAGCUCACCAGAUGGAGGCUCAGCCAGUGACUCAGGGGACCGGCACCGAGCUGAUCACUAUCGCUGCAGCCCACAGGAGCCCAGCAAGAUUGAAACGCUGAUCCAAACCACGCAGCAGAUAAUCAAGGAAGAAGAAAGUCGAUUGCAGCUACGCAAAGGCCCCCAGGACACCACACUGGGGCCAGCAAAUCGGCUGCCCAAGGGACCUGAGCCGUGCUUUAUGCCUGAGUAUACUCAAGGGCCUCUGCCUUUACAGACCAUGUUGUGUCGAGGUUUGAGUCAGGUAAUCAGCCCCACACCUAGCCCAGACCCUCAAUCCAAGCUCAGCAGUCCAGGUUCUGAGUGUCUCAAUAAGCCCAAAGACUACCUCCAGACAGAACUGCCCCCCUUUUCUUUGCAAUUACAUGCUUUUGGUCGGCCGGGGGCAUGCUCAGGCUCCCCAACGCCAGCCCCAGCCCUCUAUCCCUCCCACACACACCCGCGGCCCUACUUGGACAAGCAUUCAGCAUAUUCCCUAACAGGCUACGCUCUAGAGCACCUGUAUGAUUCAGAGAACCUCCGGAGCUACUGCACCUCCACCAGCACCGGCCCCACGCACUACGAUCACUUCCGCAUACCAGCAGAGCAGACCACGGGACGCAAAGGCACCUCUGUCAUUAUUACUAAUGGAAGUUAACACUUAUCUGACACACAGUAGAGAGCCAUUUUUAUCCAGUAGUCAGUUUUUCCAUGAUACCAAUGAAUUCUGUUAAAUCUCAUUUGGUUGCUUUCUAAAAUGUCAUAUUUUAAAAAGGGAACUCCUGGCUCACAGAGUUGAAACACCGCCUGUUUAGUUAAUGCCAGUUUGUUGCAGACUUUGAUACA